AUGCUACCAGCAAAUAAUACUAAUAUUCGACCUUGGAGAUCUCUUCAAACUGGGAUGCUGAAUAUACUGGUAGCUGUUUCAAAAUUAAGAGGAUGCAUCCGCCAAAUUGAAAACAUGAACUCGAGCGGAGCGUCUGAACAAGAUAUUCUAGAUAGAGCAAAAGAUUUAAUGUCACAAGAUGCCAAAUUUCAAAAGGGGUUUAGAUUUGAUCACGUAUGGCCUAUCGUUAAGGACCUUGAGAAAUUUAGCUCUACUCCUAGAAGAGACGUAAGUGUUGGUAGCCGAAAGCGAAGUACCGACUUUGAAGGAUCACCAUCACUACCUGAUAGAGCCGAUAAGUCAAUAGGCUCAUCAUCUUUUUGUGUUGAUUUAAAUGACGAUUUUGAAAGUGCAGACCCGAUUAAUGAAAACAACAAUGCAAGCGAACGUCCAACUGGAAGGAACAAGGAGAAAAAGAAGAAAGUAGGGAAUUUUUAA